AUGGAUGGGACCCUCUGGUCCUAUGUGCCGUUUUGGUACCCAGAGCGCACACCGCAUAGAACUCAUGCCCGGAGACUAGAUUUGUAUCCAAAUGGAAAUGAUGAGAAUAGUGGUGGUAACAACAUAUCUUUGUAUCUUGUGAUAUGUGACACUCAAAGCUUCUCAAAGGGGUGGGAGGUCUGUGUUGAUGUUAGUUUUUUUGUUUAUGAUCAUGAAAGCCAUAACUAUGCAACUUUUCAAGAUAUCCAUGGCCAUGGGAACAGGGCAAGGUUUAAUGAGAGGAAUAAAAUCUGGGGGUUUGACCAACUAAUAUCACUCGAGUCUUUCAAGGAGAGUAAAAAUGGGUACCUGUCGAAUGAUGCAUGUGUGUUUGGAGUUGAGGUUUUUACUGUUUCGAAGUUUUCACAAAAUGAUCGAUGCUUAUCAUUUAGAAAGCCCCCAGCACCUACCAAUACCUACACUUGGAGAAUUGAUAAUUUUUCAAAGGUGACGGAGGAAUGUAUUUAUUCAGAAGUUUUCAAAAUUGUCAAUGUCAAGUGGUUUUUAAACCUUUAUCCAAAAGGAGAGAAUAUAGGGGAAGAUACUCAUAUGGCUACCUAUUUAUAUGUAUUUGACUAUGCUUCGUUUCCUCAUGGGUGGCGAGUUUAUGCAAAUUUUAGGCUUCGGGUUAAGAAUCAAAGUUCUAAGGACGAUAUAGAGACAGAACUUGAUCACUGGUUUAGUAAAUCUGCUGACAAUAUGGGUAUAUCCGAGUUUAUGCCCCUGAUUGACCUCCAUGAAUCGGCAAAUGGCUUCUUGGUAAAUGAUGUUUUUAUUAUGGAAGUCGAGAUCUCACUGUUGGGUACGCUAAAAAAUUUCUUUUGA